AUCUCUAUCUUUCUACAAAUAUAUUUUUAUAUAUAAAAAUACACAAUAUGUUCAUAUCUUAUUUAUAUAAAAGUUGAUCAUCACUUUUAAAAUUUCUCAAACAAAACCAACUUGACAACCGACAGCAAACAAGAUCAAAAGAACUCUCUUCUUUAAUUUCUCAUCAACCAAUAUAAACGAAUCCAUUAUUUCUCAUCAGAACUCAGAGAAUCAACAAAGAGAGAACAAGAAGUAGAGAGAGAGAGAGAGAGAGAGAGAGAGAGAGAGAUCAGAGAUGAGAUCACCGGUGCAGCUCCAUCACGGCUCGGACGCCACGAACGGCUUCCACACGCUGCAGACUCACGACCAAACAGAUGGUCUGAUCAGACGAGUAUGUCUCACGCGCGGUAUGCAUGUGCCGGAGCACGUGGCGAUGCACCACACACACGACGUGGGUCCGGACCAGUGCUGCUCCUCCGUGGUUCAGAUGAUCCACGCGCCUCCCGAGUCUGUCUGGGCCCUCGUGCGUCGUUUCGAUAAUCCUAAAGUGUACAAGAACUUCAUCAGGCAGUGCCGUAUCGUCCAGGGGGACGGGCUCCACGCCGGCGAUCUCCGAGAGGUCAUGGUCGUGUCCGGACUCCCGGCGGUGUCGAGCACAGAGAGGCUCGAGAUCUUGGACGAGGAGCGUCACGUGAUAAGCUUUAGCGUCGUGGGUGGGGACCACAGGCUAGAGAACUACAGAUCGGUGACGACACUUCACGCGUCUGACGACGAAGGAACUGUGGUGGUGGAGUCUUACGUCGUCGAUGUACCGCCGGGGAACACGGAGGAGGAGACUGUUAGCUUCGUGGAUACUAUCGUCCGGUGCAACCUUCAGUCUCUGGCGAGAAGCUGUACCAACCGGCAAUAAUCUUGUCUUUAUAGUUUUAUUAAUUGCGAUUAUGUAUCUAUCUUAAUGUUUCUUUUGGAUGUUUCUUUCGAUCAUCACAUGGAAGAAAAUUUGUUUUGGACUUCGUAGAUUUAUGUUGGGAAUCAAAAUAUUGUUGGAGGGAUUCAUUAAAAAUGGAUUUAGGAUUGGUACAUAAUAACAUUUCAUUUGAAUUUGUUA